CUGUUAUUAUGUAUUGACGCGGCAGGCCAAAUGUCGGCGGAAGUGCUUGUUGUUUCCGGAAGUGGGCAAGGAAAGCUUGAGAUGGCGGCUGCGACUCUUACCGAGAAGGUGCCGGUGGGUGGAGCAGAGGAGCAGCAGCCUCCCGCAGGAGCGGAGGAGCUGGCCGCCCAGAAGCGCGAACAGAGACUGCGCAAAUUCCGGGAGCUGCACCUGAAGCGGAAUGAAGCUCGUAAAUUAAAUCACCAGGAAGUUGUUGAAGAAGAUAAAAGACUUAAGUUACCUGCGAAUUGGGAAGCCAAAAAAGCUCGUUUGGAAUGGGAACUACAGGAAGAAGAAAAGAAAAAGGAAUGUGCAGCGAGAGGGGAAGACUAUGAGAAAGUGAAGUUGCUAGAAAUCAGUGCAGAAGAUGCAGAAAGAUGGGAGAGAAAAAAGAGGAGGAAAAACCCCGACCUGGGAUUUUCAGAUUAUGCUGCUGCCCAGCUUCGCCAGUAUCAUCGGCUGACCAAACAGAUCAGACCAGACAUGGAAACAUAUGAGAGACUGAGAGAAAAGCAUGGAGAAGAGUUUUUCCCCACGUCCAACAGUCUUCUUCAUGGGACACAUGUGCCUUCCACAGAGGAAAUCGACAGGAUGGUCCUAGACCUCGAGAAACAAAUUGAGAAACGAGACAAAUACAGCCGGAGACGCCCUUAUAAUGAUGAUGCAGAUAUUGACUACAUUAAUGAAAGGAAUGCUAAAUUCAACAAGAAGGCAGAAAGAUUCUACGGGAAAUACACAGCUGAAAUUAAGCAGAAUUUGGAGAGAGGAACAGCCGUCUAAUCCCAUCAGGAACUGUUUGGAAGCUUGAGAAUAGAGUGAAAAUUUCUGCUAGCAAAUUGAAGUUCUCUUCAGAGUUAUACUGUAAACUAGAACUCUGUUUGUGCCCUCCCACCCAGCAUUUAAAAAUAAAUGUUUUUUCUUAAAUGUA